AGCCCUUCCUCGGAAGUAGGGGGCGACUUUUUUUUACGAUGUUGCAUUCCUUGUGUGGACAAAAGAAAGACACACUGACUGAACCAAAUAUCAUUUACAUACGGCAUAGGCUAACCAACCUGAUCCACUGAAAAAAUGUCUAAACUACAGUUGUUGCGUUUAUUUUUAAAUGAGCGUUUAACGGAGUCUGCAGCUGUGGAGAUUUUCGAAGCAGUUGAGAAAGCGGUAGCGGAGUACCAGGAGGAGAAUGAUCGGCUACGGAGACUGCUGCGGAUCACACCAGAGAUACAACUAUGUAGAAUAGACUCCCUGCAGUUCUCUCUUGCUGUCUCUGAAGAGAAGGUUCCCCCUGAGCAGCAGUACUGUGGGCAGGAGUGGAGCUCCAGUCUGGGGCAGGAGGACCCAGAGCCCACACAGAUCAAAGAGGAACAGGAGGAACUCCGGAUCAGUCAAGAGGAAGAGCGGUUUCAAGGGUUGGAGGCUGACAUCACAGAGUUCAAAUUCCCUCCUACCUGUGUGAAAAAUGAAUGUGAUCAGGAGGACCCACUUCAGUCCAUGACUGAACAGACUAUGGAGAACAGAGAGAGUGACUCCAAACCAGUUGAUCUCAAACCUUUUGGGACUGUGACCCACCUAAAGGGUCUCGACAUUCCCUUUGACCCUCCAGAUAGUCAAAACAAUGCCUCCAGUCACAGCUCUGCUACAAGCAGCGACCAUGUAGGACUUAACAGCAGCCCACCAUUGGAGCUAAUUGUGCACAAACUGGCUCACACGGGGGAGAAACUAUUUAGCUGUGGUGACUGUGGGAAAAGCUUCAGUCAAAAGGAACACCUAGGGAACCAUGUACGCAUUCACACAGGAGAGAAACCGUUUAGCUGUGGUGACUGCGGGAAAAGCUUCACUGUCAAGGGGAACCUAACUGUGCACAAACUGGCUCACACUGGAAAGAAACCAUUUAGUUGUGGUGACUGCGGGAAAAGCUUCUAUCAGAGCCAGGAACUAACUGCGCAUAUACGGACUCACACUGGGGAGAAACCGUUUAGCUGUGGUGACUGUGGGAAAAGGUUUUAUCACAAGAUUACUCUAAACCGACACAUUCAGACUCACACGGGAGAGAAACCGUUUAUCUGUGGUGACUGUGGGAAAAGGUUUUUUCACAAGAUUACUCUAAACAGACACAUUCAGACUCACACAGGAGAGAAACCAUUUAUAUGUGGCGACUGUGGGAAAAGCUUCAGUCAGAAGGAACACCUAGGGAACCAUACACUGACUCACACAGGAGAGAAACCGUUUAGCUGUGGAGACUGUGGGAAAAGCUUCAGGCAGAAGGGGACCUUAAAUACGCAUAAGCUGACUCACACGGGAGUGAAAUCAUUUAGCUGUGGAGACUGUGGGAAGAGCUUCAUUCUGAAGGGGUCCCUAAAGAUGCAUAUACAGACUCACACAGGUGUGAAACCAUUUAUAUGUGGAGACUGCGGGAAAGGCUUCUAUCUGAAGGGAGACCUAGGUAAGCAUAUACUGACUCACACAGGUGAGAAACCAUUUAGCUGUGGAGACUGCGGGAAAAGCUUCAGGCAGAAGUCGGCCCUAAAGACGCACACACUGACUCACACUGGAGAGAAGCCAUUUCACUGUGGAGACUGUGGGAAAAGAUUCAGUCAGAAUGGGGCACUAAAGAAGCAUUUAUUGACUCACACAGGAGUGAAAUCAUUGUAGCUGUGGUGACUGUGGAAAAAGCUAUCAGAAAAGACGCCUAACUGAACAUAUUCAGACUCACCCAGGAGUUAAACAACAUGACUGCUCAGUCUGUGACAGAACAUUCGUUACGGCUCAUCUGCUGAAGCAUGUUAAUAAUGUCCUCAAAGAAAG